AUGCCAACAAUGAGCGAUUUCGAGCUGGAUGAGAUCUGCAAGGCCCCGCCCCCACCCUUUGGUCGUCCAAUGUUGAAGUAUUUUGGCUUCGACUCGCAAUAUGUUAAUCUCAACAAUGGUUCCUUUGGGUCAGUUCCAACUCCAGUCCAGGCAGAAUGCGAUAAGUUAGCGCGUCAGAUUGAGCGUAAUCCGGAUCUCUUCCUUCGGUUUACGCACUACGACAUCCAGGCUCAAGUCAGGGAACUCAUCGCACCAUUGAUCGGUGCGCAACCCGACGAAUGUGUUAUCGUUCCCAACGCAUCCCACGGGGUCAACACGGUGCUUCGAAAUAUCGAAUGGGAGAAAGGGGAUAUCAUCAUUGAUUUCAACACAACGUAUGGGGCUGUCUCCCGGGCGGUGCAGUACCUCGCCGACAAACCGCCCCAUCCAUCUGUAUCCGUACUAACCGUCAAUUUCCCUACCACGCAUGGAGACAUUAUCUCGGCGUUCCGUGCGCACGUCAAGUCGGUCGUAGCCUCAAAGCCUCCUGGGAAGAAAGUCGUCGCGGUCAUAGAUAGUAUUGUAUCUAACCCGGGAGUCCUUCAGCCAUGGCAGGAACUCGUGAAGAUCUGUAAAGCGGCGGGCGUUCUUAGCGUUAUUGACGCUGCACAUUCGAUCGGCCAGGAAUUAAAUAUCAACCUUGGCGAAUCUCAGCCCGACUUCUGGAUAUCCAACUGCCACAAAUGGUUAUUUUCACAACGGGGCUGCGCCGUGCUUUAUGUGCCUAAGCGAAACCAACGUUUCAUCAAAUCUAGCAUUCCAACAUCUCAUGCGUACGCUUCUCCAGGCAGUCCACCGACCUUUAUAGAGCAAUUUGACUGGAAUGGAACUGCGGAUUUCGUCUCGUUUUACAGCGUUGUUCACGCACUUCGUUUCCGCGCAUGGCUCGGUGGCGAGGAAAAGAUUAACAGAUAUUGCCAUGGGUUAGCAAUCGCUGGCGGAAAGCGGCUGGCCGAAAUGCUAGGAACGCGUGUCAUGGAUCCAGAUGGUUCUCUUACCCUGAAUAUGGUGAACGUCGAGCUGCCGUUGUCCGGAUCGAUUCAAUGGACUCCUGAGCUCAAUGUUAAGAUGCAAAAAACACUACUUAAGGACCAUAAUGUCUACGCCGCGCAUUUCUAUCAUAACGGGAAGUGGUGGACCAGGUGCAGCGCGCAGGUAUAUAAUGAGCUUAGUGACUUCGACGUUUUGGGCCAGGCGUUCCUCCGACUUUGUGCUGAUAUCCAGCAGGAAUUCGGAGCAGUAAGGGGGGCUAAAUUAUGA